GGGUUUUAUGCCUACCCCUAGGUGUAACUGUGUGGGCAAAGAAUUACCCCUCAAUUUUAUGUGGGCGGGCUGACGUCCCUUCUCCCUGAAAAAGCAGCUGAAUGCUAGAAGGAAAGAUAUACGGAGUACGAUUCAGCAGCGUUUUUUCUUCACUUUCAGUUCAGAAGACUCUCGUAUGGAUUUGUUUAGGAAGGCUCUUCUUCACACGGGACCCCCGGAGGAGUUCGCUCUCCAGACUGUGCAGGAAGCUAUAAAACCUCAGAGGCAAACCAAAUUAGUCCAAGAUGAGAAUCAGCUGCUGGAGAAUAUUCUAAGGUCUCUACUACAAGAAUUAGUUUCUUCUGCUGUUCAGGCAGGGCAGAAAAUAAUGCAGUAUGGGCAGUCAAUUGAUGAUGAUGAAACUGGUUAUGGUCAAAUUCCACGCCUUCUUGAUAUUGUGCUAUAUCUUUGUGAGAAAGAGCAUAUUGAAGGUGGUAUGAUAUUCCAGCUUUUAGAAGAUUUGACAGAAGUGUCCACAAUGAAAAAUUGUGAGGACAUAUUUGGUUACAUCGAAAGUAAACAAGAUGUAUUGGGGAAGCCAGAACUGUUUGCACGAGGAAAACUUGUGAUGUUAAGAACAUGCAAUCAACUUCUUCGCCGGCUGUCAAAGGCGAAUGAUGUUGUGUUCUGUGGAAGAAUAAUCAUGUUUCUUGCUCACUUCUUCCCACUAUCUGAACGCUCCGCGGUUAAUAUAAAGGGAGUAUUCAAUACAUCAAAUGAGACAAAGUACGAGAAAGAAGCUCCCGAAGGUAUUUCGAUAGAUUUCAACUUCUACAAAACCUUUUGGAGUUUACAGGAGUACUUCUGCAAUCCACCAUCUGUAUCUGUUGCCUCCACCAAGUGGCAUAAAUUUACUUCCAGUUUGAUGGUGGUUCUGAAUACAUUCGAGGCUCAGCCUAUAAGUGACGAAGAAGGCAAUGCAAAUUACCUUGAGGACGAGGCAGCAGCAUUCAACAUAAAAUAUCUUACAAGCAGUAAGCUCAUGGGUCUUGAGUUGAAGGAUCCCAGUUUCCGGCGUCACAUUCUAGUGCAGUGCCUCAUUUUGUUUGAUUAUCUGAAGGCGCCCGGAAAAAGUGAUAAAGAGUUGCCAUCUGAAGCCAUGAAAGAAGAAAUAAAGACAUGUGAAGAGCGAGUGAAGAAGCUACUUGAAAUUACUCCACCUAAAGGAAAAGAGUUUCUUCAGUCCAUUGAGCAUAUACUAGAGCGUGAAAGGAAUUGGGUUUGGUGGAAACGUGAUGGUUGCCCUCCAUUCGAAAAGCAACAAAUUGAGAAGAAGCUAGGCCAAGGGGGGCAAAAGAAACGUCGGCAACGAUGGAGGCUUGGAAAUAAAGAACUAUCUCAGUUAUGGAAAUGGGCUGAUCAGAAUCCGAAUGCUUUAACCGAUCCUCUACGCGUGCGCACCCCUGACAUCUCAGACUACUGGAAACCCUUGGCCGAAGAUAUGGACGAAUCUGCUGGAAUUGAAGCAGAAUAUCAUCACAAAAAUAAUAGGGUUUACUGCUGGAAAGGUCUCCGAUUUUCUGCAAGGCAAGAUCUGGAAGGAUUUUCUCGAUUCACAGAAUAUGGUAUUGAGGGUGUUGUGCCUAUGGAACUGUUGCCUCCAGAAGUAAGGUCAAAAUAUCAAGGCAAACCAAAUGAUAGGUCUAAGCGUGCCAAGGAGGAAACGAAAACUACAGUCCAACAAGCAGAAGAAAAUCAGGCAACCACACUGGCUGAUGAGGUAGGCGUUGAAGGCAUCAGACCGGACCUUGAAACCACCACCGCUGCUCCAAUGGACACAUAUACUGCCGGGAACAUGUCCCAAAGUGGAACACCAACUAGGGAUGAAAAUCAGAAGCAAAGUUCUGACUCAGAUGGUCAAGAAGCAGGGCAGAUGGAGGCUGAUGCAGAAACACCGAUGCUGAUGGUAGCUGAUCCUGAAACAGUGGGAGGAACCGAAACAGGCGAUGCAGAAGUAGAUUUAGAUACACUUGGCUGAUUAACUAUUAUGAUCAAGACGAGCAAUUGAUAGUAGAGAAGCUAUAUGUAUAUUUAUGGCUGAAUUUACCCCUUCAUGGAACCUCAUUUUCAUUAAAGAGUUUGGAUCAAAACACUCCAUUUAAAGGUCUGCAUUAAGAUACUCCUUGCCCACACAGAUCAGGUCAUCAGAUACCACUCCA